UCAGAAGCGAGAGCUGCGUGCUACGGGUUCCGGGUCGCUUCAAGGAUGGUUCUGCGGCGGCUACUGGCCGCAUUGCUGCACAGUCCGCAGUUGGUGGAGCGUCUAUCCGAGUCGCGGCCCAUCCGGCGUGCGGCGCAGCUCACUGCCUUCGCACUGCUGCAGGCCCAGCUGCGCGGCCAAGACGCGGCCCCGGCGCCCUCGCGAGCCCUUGCAGCUGGGCCUGCGGCCUCCCUGGGCCGCCGCGCUGCCCGCUUCAGAGACACUUUUACUCGAGAGCUACGCCGCGGACUCCAGGAACGCCCGCGGCCACCACCAGGUAGCCAGAAGGGCCCGGAAGCCAAUCCCUAAACCCAGGCUGGGCGGGGCCGAGGUCGCCUGCUUUCCGUUCUGGGCUCGACCCCGACCUCCGCGCUACGGAGUCAUCCAGGACACUGGGCACGGCUUCGAAUCCUGACUCAGUUUGUCCGCCUACAGUCCCACCCAUCAGAGAGCCCAGGUCUAACCGACAUCCCUGGUGAAGUUCUGGAACUGGACCAGAGCACAGUGUGUGAAGAAAACCCCCGAAGCGUGACAGAAGUAAAAGCAUUUGGGCCCUGGUACACCAUGAGCAGAGAUCCAUGGACCAAAGUACAGCCAGAAAGAGAGUCUGCCCUCUGCGAAUAGGACUAAAACUGGUAACAGAUGGUACUGCCUCCGAACUGAUGUCGCAGGGGCUACUUCCAGGGGAGAUCCUGGAUAGAAAGACAAUCUUGCAGUUGCCAAAGUCCUGUGAUUAAAUGUGUGAGCUGAGUAA